UACUUUGUUAGGGUUGCCGAUGAGAUUUUGAUCAAUAUACCCAACAGUUUUAUUAAGUAGAUAUUAUUAGCCAUGUCUCAAGACGGAUUUCAACCUACACUUAUAAGGACCACGCACAAUAACAACACGAGCUCGAGUAUUCAACAACCACAGGCACCGUGCCCUGGUAAAACACCCAUACAAGUUCUACAUGAAUAUGGAACAAAAAUUGGUAACCUUCCCGUGUACGUGAUGGAAAAGGCUGAAGGGGAGGCGCACCAACCCAGCUUUAUCUUCAACGUUACAAUAGGAGAUGUGUCCUGCACAGGUCAAGGAGCCAGUAAAAAAGCCGCCAAACAUCAGGCCGCUGAGUCUGCCCUGAACCUUCUGGAAAUAGAUCCUGGAACACACCUUCACAUAAAGAAGGAGAGUAAUGGCAACCCAGCAAAGCCUAACGACCAACCCAACUCAGUGGGGAAACUGCAGGAGCUGGCCCUGCAGCGGGGGUGGCGCCUCCCUGAAUACACUGUUUUCACAGAGGCAGGCCCACCUCACAAGAGAGAGUUCACUGUUACCUGCAGAAUGGAGUCACUCACAGAGACUGCAACGGGAAAUUCCAAGAAGGUGGCUAAAAAGGCAGGUGCUGAGAAGAUGUUGGCAAAACUUCUAAAUGUGUCUGGUUGUCCUGAAAUCACAUGGAUCCCAAAGCCCGGUGUCCGAUUGGAGAACUUGCGUAACUCCUCAGCAGAGAAGAUGUCUCUCCUGAGAAGGAACCCAGUCAGUAUUCCCAACACAGACUACAUCCAGAUGAUGCUGGAGCUGUCCCAAGAGCAGGGCUUCGAAGUCACAUACUUUGACAUUGAUGAGCUGACAGUGAACGGGCAGUACCAGUGCCUGGCAGAGCUGUCCACCUCACCCGUCACCGUAUGCCACGGCACGGGCAUCUCCUGCGGCAACGCACACAACGACGCCGCACACAACGCUCUCCAGUACAUCAAGAUCAUGGCUUCCAUCAAAUGAGCGAUCGUAGUAAACGGCACAGAUGUUUUUUUAAGGAAAAACAAUAUUUAAUCUCAACUGAAAGGUGUCGCUAUCCUCCAUCUACCACUGUUUUCACUCCUUACCCCAGUGUUCACUUUGUGUGGAAUUGGUGAAUAUUGAAGGCAGUAUCAAUAGAAAUCAUGCCAUUCAGACAAAUCUACCUAGUUGAUGUUUUUUUUACAGUGACAGGAAACACAGUUCAUCACCUGUGGUGUCUGUCGGCCAUUUUAAAAUUAGUUUAAGAAAAAGAUCAGCGGUUCACAGUGAAAGCUAAUCCUGUGGAGUUUAUGUACUAUGGAAAAACAAGGACAAGGGAAUAGAAUGGACAUUAGUCUUGAAAGGCCUUGCUGCCAUAAUGUUGACAUGUUGAGAACAGUCUCCACCCUAUCCCAUUGUUGACAUAAGUCUCCAUCCUAUCCCAUU